AUGGCAGAGAUCAUUCGAGCGCAUCAUUGGUGGUGGCCAAUUUUGGCGGAGGAGGGAAGGGCUGAUUUCGGAGAUUCUUCCUUCUAUGGCGUUAAGGUCGUUCUUGGGCGGGAGCUGAAUUGUAUUGAUUUUGAGAUUAUUGCUCGUGGUAGAGUAAAUACUUGUGGUUCAAAAGAGGCCUAA